AUGCUGUACACCAAGCUGGCAAGCCCGCUCGGGCUGGCACGUCCAAUUGCGAGCGCUCGACAGCUCUCGACUGUGACGACCAGAUCAGCCCUGCGAGCUCGAAUCAGCACCCGGCUGCCCUCGCUUCACAUUGCUUCUGCUCUACAACAGAGCCGAUUCGCGCGUCCGGAUACCAACGUUAACCUCGCACAAUCCAUCCGCAGCUUGUCCCAAUCUUCCAAGUCGACAGGACCGGCAGCUGCCGCCACUGCCACCGCAGAUGAGACGUCGUUGCCCGACAGCGACGAUCUGAUGGCAGAAGUACAAGACGGUGCUCGCUCCAAGUCGACGCGCGUCAAGGACGAGACCUUUGCGUCGUUGAAAGGCUCCAUCAACCCCUCGAUUCUCAAAGCUUUGACCGUUAGGCCAUUCCAAUACAUCAAUAUGUCGGCUGUACAACAGAGCGUCCUUCAUCUUCUCCCCGAGCUCGCAAGUAGCGUCGGAGACUCGGCUACACCUAUGCCCGACGGACAGGGCAGGGACAUGCUCGUCAAGGCCAAGACCGGUACGGGCAAAACAAUUGCCUUCCUCGUUCCAGCCCUCGAAGCCCGCCUCAAAUCCAUCGAGGACGUUCGCCAGGGCAAAUUCUCCAAGCCUUGGCUCGAGAUGCUGCAGAGGCAUAGGCCUGAUCUUGACGCUGCAUCGCUCAAGAAGAAGGAGCUCGAUGAUAUUGUCAAGCAGUUCGUCAAUAACACCGUUGGCGCCCUCAUUCUGUCUCCCACGCGCGAGCUGGCCACCCAGAUUGCUGAUGAAGCCAAAAAGCUGCUCUCUCACCAACCGGACCUUAAAGUUCAGUUGCUCGUGGGUGGUGCAAGUCGCAACUUCCAGAUCAACGACUGGAGACGAUCAAGACCCGACGUCGUCGUCGCCACUCCCGGCCGUAUUCUCGAUCUGCUUAAUGAUGUCGGCAUGAUCCGCGAAGCCAUGACAGCCUGCCGUACACUCAUCCUUGAUGAGGCCGACACGCUUCUGGAAAUGGGUUUCCGCGACGACCUGCAAGCCAUCAUGCGCCACCUCCCCGCCAAAGUGGACCGCCAGAACAUGCUCUUCAGUGCCACCGUCAGCCCUGAGAUCCGCGCCAUCGCACGCGCCAGCCUGCAACAGGACCACCGUUUCAUCGACUGUGUCCCAGCUGGUGAGGACAACGUCCAUCAGCACAUCCCACAAUUUGCCACUGUCCUCGAGUCGGCCGAGGAGCAGAUUCCUCAUGUUUUGCGUCUCAUCGCCCACGACCAGCUCACCAACCCCGGCAGAUCGAAGACCAUCGUCUUUGCACCCACCACCAAGAUGACUGAGCUCUUUGCCGACGUGAUCCGCGAUGCUUCGCGCCAUCUUCCCGCUCCCGGCUCAACUGUCUAUGAAAUCCACAGCAAAAAGGACCAGCGUGCACGCUUCAACACGAGCGAUCGCUUCCGCAAAGAUAUGACGGGCGCCAGCGUGCUCGUCACCAGCGACGUCAGCGCUCGCGGUGUUGACUAUCCCGGCACCACGCGCGUUAUCCAGGUCGGCAUUCCCAGCAACAAGGAUCAGUACAUCCACCGCAUCGGUCGAACGGGUCGUGCCGGUGCUCAGGGUCGAUCCGACAUUGUCCUGCAAAACUUCGAACGUGGCUUCCUCUUCUACGAGCUUGAUGACCUCCCAGUUACGCAGUUGCAUGUCGAUGAUCUCGUCGAAGAAGUCGAGACCCUCUCGAAGCGCUUUGACGAGUCGCCAGCCGAGUUUGCUAUCCCGCAGGAGGUCGUCGACGCUGCCAAAGCCAAAAAGCAGGAACCCAAAAAGGGCUACCGCGUUCGAGAUGGCGGCAUCAAGCCUCCUGCGCCGAUCCGAGGGCCUCUCUCGGGCAAGUUCACCACCAAGACGCUGACCCCAAUCGUGGAGGAAUCGCUCAGCUCGCUCGACGAAGAGGACGGCGUGCGCGAGACCUUCAACUCGCUGCUUGGCUUCUACCUGGGCAAAGGCGACGAGCUGCGCACCAGCAAGAUGUCGGUGCUCGAUGGUCUCAAGCAGUGGACCGUCGAGGCCGGUCGUCUCGAGAGACCACCUCACCUGAGCGAAGCGUUCAUGCAGAAGCUCGGCAUUUCGCUCAGGGAUCGUAACGGCGGCUCUUCGCGUCGUGGGCUUGCCAAUGGCGGGGGACGCGGGGGAUCUCACUCAUUUGGGCGUGGUCGCUUUAGCAAGGACAGUGCCAGCAGUGGAAGCCGCGAUGGACGUGACUUCCGCGACGCACGACCAAGCCGAGACAGUCGAGGCGGCUCGCGAUCCGGCGGUGGACGCUCCAGCUGGGGAAGCGGACGCGAUGCUCGCGAGAGCCGAUCCAGCCGCGACAGCAGCUCCAGCAAGUGGUGA